AUGGCUAGAGAAUCCUCUUCUUGGGGUAGUCGGUCGGAGAAUCUGACCGACGAUUCCCCGUUGGGUCUGAAAGUGGAGGCUUCUUCACUUUCUGAACUGAACGUUGAGUGGCUUCGGGAGCAAUAUUGCAUCUCGGAACAGUAUCAACUCUUUGCACCUGGUGUCGAUGGUCGGAUGAACUCUCCUCCUUCAGGCCAGGUUGUCUUUUAUGUUGAAAACCUUCAGGUUCGAGUGUUUUCUCCUGUUCCUGAAAAUGUGGCUGCAAGAAUUGACCUGCCAAAUUCUUUCUAUAACCUUUCAAGUCAAGAACUGAAGAGAGAAGCUGAGCUAAGGAAGAAAAGGAUAGCAGAAUCUCAGCUGCUCAUUCCUAAGUCAUAUAGGGAGAAGCUGGCAGUGGCUGCUCGGAAGAAGUAUGCGCGGACGGUUAUUCGAAUCCAAUUCCCUGAUGGCAUAGUUCUCCAGGGUGUCUUUCUCCCUUGGGAGCCAACAACUGCAUUAUAUGAGUUUGUUAGCUCUGCUUUGAAGGAGCCCAGUUUGGAAUUUGAGCUCUUGUGCCCAGCAGUGCCUAGGCUACGCCUGAUCCCUCAUUUCCCUAGACCCGGAAGUAAAACAUCAACCCUAGAAGACGAAGACUUGGUUCCUUCAGCACUACUCAAGUUCAAACCCAUCGAGACAGUUUCCAUUGCCUUCACGGGCCUGACCAAUGAACUUCUUCAAGCCAGUGAACCACUAACAAGUACGACGCCUGUCUUGUAGCUGUGGGACCUAGAAAGCCGGAAGCUCCAGUAAUGGUGAUGGCGACGGUGAGUGGUAAAUAGUCCAUUUAUAGACUGCUGAUUCGAAUGCAUUCAGAUCUCAGGUGGUCGAACAUUAGUCAACAUUGUGGUGAAAUUUGUUUGUAAGUCAUUGUAUCCCUUGAUGUGCGAGUGCACGGUAAAUAAUGCAUUUGCAAUCUACAUCAGUGGAUUGUUCUGUCUUGUUAUAAUAGCAGUGUGAUAAUCUCAGGAAGCGAAUGUAAGAACAGCAAAGGAAAUCAAGUGCCAUCGAAUUUCCGUACGGUUUCAAAGUAAAUCAUUUUGAAUUCUCUUAAGGAAA